AUGAACCUCCUAAUCAGUCACUGGCCCAGAUUGUUAGCCUGUGAACCUCCUCACCUGUGGCUGGCGACACCCAGGGUCGCCCCACAAAGACCAAGACAAGAUCAAGCUCAGAUGGCAGCUGGCACAGCACCAGUGGGCGUGUGCCUGUCUGCCAGCACCCUGACAGUGUCCUCUGGGAGCAGCCGCGGGUCCCUGGCCUCCAGCCGGGGCUCACUGGCCUCCAGCCGUGGUUCGCUGAGCUCAGUCAGCUUCACCGACAUCUACGGCCUCCCUCAGUACGAGAAGGCCGAUGCCGAGUGCGGCCAGCUUCUACGCUUCGAUCUGAUUCCUUUUGACUCCCUGGGACGUGAUGUCCCCUUCUCAGACCCUCCCGGCCACCCGGGCUUCCACAAGCAGAGGCGGUCCCUGGACACGCCCCAGUCGCUGGCAUCACUGUCCUCCCGCUCCUCCCUGUCCUCUCUGUCGCCCCCCAGCUCACCCUUGGACACGCCUUUCCUCCCGGCCUCGCGGGACUCUCCUCUGGCGCAAUUGGCGGAUGGUUUUGAAGUGCCGGGCCUGGGUGCCCUAGACAGACUGCGAGCCCAGGCCUCUGCUUUAGGGGACGAAGAUUUGCAGGGCACCGCAUUGCUUCAACCACAUGGAUUCUCUGGGGAUGGGGAAGGACCUCGUGAGCGUGGACCCCAACUGGCUGGGGCACCCACCAGUGCAACAGUGACUCUCCAGGAAGACAGUGCCAAAAGACUGGAAAGGAAAGAACUCUGCAUCUCUGCAUGCCUGUCAGAUUGCUCACUAGCCAGUGAUAGCAGGGUAUUUGAACCUCAGCCCAAAG